CCCGGCGCUUUUCUCCCAAGUCCCGGCCGAUCCUUGGCAGCUGACACCAGCUCCCGCUGUCCAGCGCUCGCGCCUGCCGGUCAGCCUGGGGACUCCCUCGGCCCCCGUGCAGGCCUGACCUCCCCCGGCUGCGGACGUUCCCUCGGCCGGCCAGCGGGGAGAGCGCAAACAAAGUCCGCUUACAAAGCCCCCAGAUGAGUCACUCGUUGGGGUGUUGCCGUGCGCCUUUUGCAAGAAACUUAAAAGCGACUGCAGCCGAUAACGCUAGCGGCGAUCCUCUCGCCGGCUCACUUUAGGUGGAGGGAACCUCUCUUUGGAAGAUCACGGUGGGAACACGCUUGUUCGCUUCGUUUGUGUUUGCAAACGAAGCAUUUAGUGGGCAGCAGGGAUGAGGUCACAGGGAAACUUAGGAACCCGAGGUUAGAGAGCUGGGCGCUUUUAAGAGCAUUCUUCCCGCCUCGGGGUAAUUUCCCCUCUUUGAAUACUUGAUGAAAUCGCAAAUGCAGAGCUGGGCGCUUGAGGCCUUUCCAAACUAUCCAGGAACGGAUGCAGAAUUUUCAAAACAUUACCUUCCCAGACACUGGACCCAUCCCAGUGGAGUUAUAUAGGGAGGUGUGUGUUUUGAACGUUCCUAUUGUGUAGCCCUGCUUUGUUGUUUCAAGACAUAUGUUCUUUGGUGUGUGGGCAAUUUGAUUUUAAGUAAUGGAAACAGGCUUCUUAAAAUUGAAAAUACCCGAAAUUACAGGGCUUGUGAACUUUUCCCUCUGUCAUUCUGUUGGAGUAUUGUUUCAUCAUGCUUUGAUGAGCAUGAUAACAAUGCGAUAACUUCAGCAUGCACUGGAAAAGAAACGAUAACACAGUUAACUGCCACCCAGGUUAGUGUAAAGGUGGCAAAUGCCUUUUCUAGGGGGGGGAAAAACUUUCAGAUGAUCAUUUUAAAAUGCAGGAUUGGUUAAGAAAAAAACUUAAGCCUAUCGUCUGUAAACUUAAUAGACACUGAAGAGAGCUAGAGUGUCUGUAAGGGAAACCUGGUAACUCCUCUUGGGAAAGCGGUUCGGAUUCUUGUUAAUUACUGCUAAUGACUCUUUCCUUGAUACAGCAAGUGCCAGAAAUUUAUUGAUCUAGUUUUUAAUUUGAUUUUAUAUUAUUUAAAAUUUUUCAACUAUUCAGAUUUUUUUCACAUGGUGGGAAAGUGUUAAAGACAAUAUUUGACCAUGGGCUCUUGCAAUGAGUGCACUGAAAAUUGUUGGAAAACUUAUAACUCAGCCAAGAAGAGAUGAAUGGGUAAAGAGAAUAUUUUGGUCUUUCUAUGGAAAGGUAUGGAUAGGAUUGGUUCUGUUUUUAAUUUUCACUGGGAAAAUGGAGAGGUAAACAUUUGUGUGUUUCCCAGAGCAUCCUGUUGAACUUACAUGUUAAAGCAGUUUUAUGAUGCUGCCUGCUUUCCAGAUAACCUGGUGGAAAGUGAAAGCCAUAGCUGUUAAAAUAUUUGAUGGAUGAUUCUCCUAACAGGACAUUCAAGAGAUGACUCACCAAUGCUAAUUUGUUUCAGUACAAAAUCUUUUACCCUCUGGCGCUGGAGAUUUCGUGGUGCCACAUCCUACCACCCAGGGUGAUGAAAUAACAUUUCUGGUUUUUUGGUUUUUGUUUUCGUCAUCCCCAGAAAAAGGAGAGUGGCGGCAAGGUUAAUUACCUUGCAAGUUGAAAGAGAUGGGAGAUAAAAUUAAAACCUUGAUUUGAUGACACUAGUGAAAUAAAAGUCUAUUCAGAAGUUAUAUUUUAAAAAUAAAUCACUUAACUAAAGGGAGGUUGUGGUUGUUAUUUUACUGUCUCUCCCCCAGAGAAUAAGUUGAGAAAACCCAGUUCCCCUCUUAGAAGGGCUCCUAGGACUCCUCGGAGAGUGGUUUCAGUAGUGGUCCUCCAGCACCUCACCCCCCAUGUGAGAGGGCGCUUCAGCAAGGCUGUGCACAUGCUUAUGUUGCCACAGACAUCAGAAUGGGUAAAAGAGCAGCCCAUGAAGCCUCCCAUCACCAACAGCAGGCGGCACAGAACAGCCUGCUGCCUCUCCUGAGCUCGGCUGUGGAGCCCCCUGACCAGAAACCAUUGCUUCCCAUACCAAUAACUCAGAAACCUCAGGCUGCACCAGAGACAUUAAAAGAUGCUAUUGGGAUUAAAAAAGAAAAACCCAAAACUUCGUUUGUGUGCACUUACUGCAGUAAAGCUUUCAGGGACAGCUAUCACCUGAGGCGCCAUGAGUCCUGCCACACAGGGAUCAAGUUGGUGUCCCGGCCAAAGAAAACCCCCACCACGGUGGUUCCCCUGAUCUCCACCAUCGCUGGGGACAGCACCCGAACUUCGUUGGUCUCGACCAUUGCAGGCAUCUUAUCAACAGUCACUACAUCAUCCUCGGGCACCAACCCCAGUAGCAGUGCCAGCACCACAGCUAUGCCUGUGACCCAGUCUGUCAAGAAACCUAGCAAGCCUGUCAAGAAGAACCAUGCUUGUGAGAUGUGUGGGAAGGCCUUCCGAGAUGUGUACCACCUCAAUCGGCACAAGCUCUCCCACUCAGACGAAAAGCCCUUCGAGUGUCCUACUUGCAAUCAGCGCUUCAAGAGGAAGGACCGGAUGACUUACCAUGUGAGAUCUCACGAAGGAGGCAUCACCAAACCCUAUACUUGCAGUGUUUGUGGGAAAGGCUUCUCCAGGCCUGACCACUUAAGCUGUCACGUAAAACAUGUCCAUUCAACAGAAAGACCCUUCAAAUGCCAAUUUUCCUCCCUCAUGCAGACAUGCACUGCUGCCUUUGCCACCAAAGACAGACUGCGGACACACAUGGUGCGCCAUGAAGGCAAGGUGUCAUGCAACAUCUGUGGGAAGCUCCUGAGUGCGGCAUAUAUCACCAGCCACUUAAAGACACACGGACAAAGCCAAAGUAUCAACUGUAAUACAUGCAAACAAGGCAUCAGUAAAGCAUGCAUGAGUGAAGAGACCAGCAGCCAGAAGCAGCAGCAGCAGCAGCAACAGCAGCAGCAGCAACAGCAGCACGUGACAAGCUGGCCAGGGAAACAGGUGGAAACACUGAGACUGUGGGAAGAAGCUGUCAAAGCAAGGAAGAAAGAAGCUGCUAACCUGUGCCAAACCUCCACGGCCGCAACGACACCUGUGACUCUCACUACUCCAUUCAAUAUAACAUCCUCUGUGUCAUCUGGGACUAUGUCAAACCCAGUCACAGUAGCAGCUGCAAUGAGCAUGAGAAGUCCAGUAAAUGUUUCAAGUGCAGUUAACAUAACCAGCCCAAUGAACAUAGGGCAUCCUGUAACUAUAACCAGUCCACUAUCCAUGACCUCUCCUUUAACACUCACUACCCCUGUCAACCUCCCUACCCCUGUCACUGCCCCAGUGAACAUAGCACAUCCUGUCACAAUCACAUCUCCAAUGAACCUGCCCACACCUAUGACGUUAGCUGCCCCUCUCAAUAUAGCAAUGAGGCCCGUAGAGAGCAUGCCUUUCUUACCCCAAGCUUUGCCUACAUCACCGCCUUGGUAAACAGUAUUAUAAAGUCAAAACAUGGGUUAAAGUGAAUAUUUACCAGCAGCCUACUCUUAGUUGAUUAAAGCAAAAAGUAAACCAUGAAAAUGGAAGGUUUUAUUGCAUUAGUUAUUAAGAGUGUAGUAGCACAUUUCUCCAAUUUGGCUGGGAUUGUUCAAAGUAAGAUGUAUAUGUAACUUACCACUGGACCACUUUAGUUUCAUCAGAAAUCCCUUUUAGCUGUCAGCAGUGUUUAAACAGGAUAGUAGUUGGCAAGAUGAAAUCCAGAAUUAAAACCAGUCAUAAAAAGGCAAAACCCAUUUCAAAAUAAAACAGUAUCACUGUUUCUAAUUCCAAGAAAUCCUUUUAUUCUCAACACUAGCAGAACUCUUCUCCCUCUACAAAGCAAAUGGCUGAUUUUAACCUGAAAUUCUAAAUCCACAGUUUGAGAGCUAGUGUAGAACUGUCUUUGUCUAUUGUUUUUAUGAGUAAAUACAUACAUUGUCAUAAUAAAAUGCAUUUCAGAGAAUAUGCAUUUUACCUUUGGGAAUAUGUUAAUUUCAGGCAGCAUUCCCUAUGGGAAAGGUGAUACCAGCUCUGAUAUGCAAAGCAUACGAUAAUUUAUCAUUCUAAUUUCAACAUAUAAUAGGGAUUGUGACCUGAUAUAUUUGGAGAUGUAAAUAUUGCUCAGCAUAUUAAUCCUGAUGGAAUAUAGCAUUGUAGGUGACUUUUUCAAAAAAAACUUUUUAAAAAACAAAAAAUAAAGUAUACAGAUUGUGUUUUAGUCAGAGAAGGCCGCAGUUGACAGAGGAGAAGUCAAGUUUGCGGACAGGCAGGCUCCUAAAAAACGGAGGCCAGUGAGAUUCCUUUGAGGAGCCAAGGAAUACUUUGGAACAGUUCAGAUAUAUUGCUUUAAAUUGGAAGAUGCUGGAGGCACUGGGAAGUGACAUGCCCCUCUCUCUCCCAAUCAGAGCCUGUUGAUGUUACAACAGGGACAAAUGUGUUAGUUGCUCACUAGAGUUUAUGUCUUAUAUAAAAUUGUAUACAGUUUUUAUUCUAACCACUAACUAGGUAGUAUGCCCCUUCAGAACAAGCAGAGUGUAUCUUUUUUUAAAAAAGAAAUUUUUCCUUCCAUUUAUUAAUCAUGAAUUGUGCAGAUUGGUUCAACUUUGUAAAUAUAGACAUCACCUUUUUUUUUUUUCUUUGAGAAAACACUUGUAUCAGCUUUGUGGUGUUUUUGGGGAGACAGCUGUCUGCACUCCCUGCAGAAACCCAGCAAUGACUGUGCAUGUUGAGACAUGUGCUUUUUAUUUCUUAGCAGGUUGGUUUAUCUCUGUACAUAAAGUAGAAACCAAAAGCUAGGGAGACAGAUACUCUACGUCAUCAUGCCACACUUUUAAUGUUUUUUAAAGCAUUGUGCUUGUCAGAAAAAUGUUAACUAAAACCAAGAUGUUACUAUUAUUUUUUAAGUUGCAGUAUGUUUUUGGUUUUUAUUCAUCUUUUAAUCUUGCAGUUAAGAGAAAUGGAAAUUAGUUGUGUUAAUCUUGCAAAAUGUUUGCAGGACUAUCAAACUGGAUUGACUUCCGUUUAUACCCCACUGUGUCAGUUCAGGCAGCAAAAUACCUUGCAUCUGAGGCAGACUUCCUACAUCAGGGACAGGUAUCUGUGUGUCAUUAUACAAAACCGUUCUAGGGGGUUGAACUACAUAGUAAGAAAUAAAUAAAUAGUAGUGUAAAAUAAUUUUAUAAAUGAUCUUUUGUACUUUAGGACAUUAAAUUGUACAACUUUUGUAUAUAUAAAAGCUUAGGAACUUUCUGUUUAGCAGGAAGGCAACACAUUCCUACACUUUUAAUGUAUAUGUUUGUUAUAAUGUCCAUGUAAACAUGCCCUAUGUUUGUGCCUUUUAAUUAGUUUGUCUCAAUAAACAAAAUGUAGAGAAAAAUAUGUAGCUAUGACUUUGUUACAACUGUCCUUAUCCACAGUACAAAAUGGUUUGUUUUUAAUAUGUAGAGCAUUAUGUGUGGACUACUGGAAGGACUCCUGUGGGGAAGGCCCGGGAACGAGCAGCUGAGGCCUGGAGUGGAGGCCAGUGGCCACAGUUUAGGAAGUCCACACUCGCCAGCAUGCAGACCCUGCAGUAGGCUCUGCCUCUGCCUGCUGGGACCUGCCUCCGCUGGCCUGGCAGUCACCAUCCUCUGUGGGCAAACAGCCCGGGCUUCCUCCACAGUGGUCCAAGGAACAUCCUGCAGGAAGGGCAGGUAUGGGCCUCAGAACCCUGAAAGUAUUAGUUAAAAAAAAAAAAAAAAGAUAUAUACUAGAAAUGAUUGUUUUAUCAAUUCAUUGUAUAAUAAACAGGAGUGAGACUUCAUUGUAUGACUUCAGUUAAAAUGCUAUUUUGUAUGCAUUCUUUAUUAAGAAGCUUGUCUGCAAUAAUAAAGCCACGUGUGUCUUCUUUUGGGAGGGAGAGAGUUGAUGGCAGGAUGGAGGUGAGGGAGGACCACUGAAAGAGGGCAAAUGGGAUGUGUGGUGCAAUUCUCUGCCUUGGAACUGGAAUUGAGUUUGAUGCUGAUGAACUGAUUGAGCCAGGUGUUGAAGGCACUACAGCCACCAUGGAUGGGAAGGCAGAGUACGUUGUCCCCUUCUGGUUGGAACCUGGGAGAGCUUCCCCUUUAUCAGACUGGCAGCUGAACAGUGUAUUAGAUUAUCCUCAAGCUGACAUCCAGCCUGCUGUGCUGUAGGGCGUGCUGCUUGGCCUGCAUUUGCCUUGUGUUGUGUAUCCAUUUCCCUCCUGAGGUGUGCUCCUAAAUGAAGGUUUCUGUGUAAGCAGAUGAUGAUUUUACUGUCAAUACCAGCACUGUAUUACUAACAUGCAAAAUACUGCAGAUUUAUUUUGACAAAUUAAAGUUAACCGGUCACAAA